AUGGAUAGAAGAAGGAGAUUUAGAAAUACUACCAGGUCUGACAAAUGUGGACUUAUAUUUCCUGUUGCUAGGAUUAAAGCGAUAUUAAAAGUGGCCCAUUCCUUCAAAAGAGUCAGCGAUACAGCUGCAGUAUUUAUCACGGCAGUUUUGGAAUACUUAGUAGCAGAAAUACUGGAAAUGUCCUUGUGUAAAGCAAGAGAAUGUUCUUCCUGGCGUAUCCAACCAAGACAUCUGAAUGUUGCCGUUAAGUCAGACUGCGAACUUCUUCCACAUUUCAGAACAUCAACUAUCCCAAAUGGAGGUUGCUUAGCACUGCUUUUGGCAUCUCAGCUGAAGAAGGAUAACAAUUUACAUGAAGUAAUGAAACAUGAAGUGCAUGUGUCUAAUAAAUCUGAAGUCAGCAACGGAUCAGCAUAUAGAAACAGGCCUGGAAAAAAAAGAAGAUCUGGCAGAUCUAGCAGAAGCAAAUCUCGCAAACGAAUACAGUAA